AGCAAGCACAAUCAAGCUCAUUCCCAAAAUACUGGGGGGUCCUUACCCAACUCUCCCAGAGAGUUUCUCACCUGAGCUCCAUCAACUACUGUGUGACAUCUUCCAACGAGAACCGACCAGUAGACCUUCAGCUGGUGAAAUCCUGGAAAAACCCUUCAUUAUUAGUUUCCUCACAAAGAAGAAUGAAAACUGUGGAGGAGCUCCAGACAAACUUGAACAAUCUGAGAACUCUGGCAGACGGCUUGGAGAGUGUGCACCAGGGAACCACCAUAGGCAGUCUGACUGGAGGUGUUAUUGGUGCAGCUGGAGGAAUCACUUCCAUAGUAGGCCUCAUCCUGUCUCCCUUCACUCUGGGCACCUCCCUGAUCGUCACAGGAGUGGGUAUUGGGGUGGCUGUCACUGGUGGAGCCACAGCCGGAGUAUCCAACAUCACCAACAUGGUCAAUCAGUCUACCGACCGCAAAGCCAUCAAGAACAUCAAGGAGUUCCAGGAGAAGAUGAACUCUGUGGUGACAUCUCUACAAAACAUCGCUGAGGGUUUGGAGACACCGAGGAUGAGUGUCUCCUUUACCACAGAAAGAGGCAGUUUAAAUGCAGAGAAGCUAGCAAAUGCUGGGGCGAGGGUUGGGAGGGGCCUUGGGAGCAUCCCAGAGCUUGUCCGAUUGGUCCAAGUGGCCUCCAUUGGCAAGGUGGCAGCUAAAACUGCAAGGGCAGUGCGUGUUCUAGAGAUGGCAACAGGAAUAUUCUCUGCUUUCUUUGUAGCAGUUGAUAUCUUCUUCAUCGCCAUGGAUGCAAAAGAGAUCCACAACAUACGACAGGCGAAGUCUGAGAAACAGUCUAGUGAUAGCAGUAAGUUACACUUGAUGGACACAGACUCCAUGACUAAGCUGAACCCUGAAUGUGAAGAACCAAAAGCUGAGGUCAAGUCAGAGACCAUGAAGUUCAUCCAGACGAUCAGACAGACAGCUGAUCAGCUACAGAAGAGCCUGGACGAACUGAGUGACGUCAUCUCAAUCAUUCCUAAAAUAGAGGGCUGUCACUUAGACAAUUGAAACUAUACUCAGUUCUAGUGAUUGUAAAAGAUGCAGAAACAAGAAAUAGAGCAGAUUGAGUCAUUCAUCGAUACACUUCUCUGUAAAACACAGGUGUGACUGACACCCUGAUAGGCCUUCAGGUUUUAAUCGUGAGCAAAAUCCCUUUUCUGUUCUUCAAUUCUUGCAAAAAUCAGCUAUGAUAAGUAGGUUGUAGAAACAUAAGUAUACAGUAUAUCUCAGCUUUAGUACUGAAGCACUUUCCUUUCAGGUUAUUACAGUUGACAUGAUUUGAUCUGUAAAAAAAAUUCUUACAUAAAAUUAUAUCAGGUGUAUUACACAAGAGGGCAUUUUCAUUCAUAUCAGGUGAAACGUUUCAAAAUUACAGCACUUUGUGUACAUACUCCCCCCAUUUCACCUAGUGCAUUCGGAAAGUAUUGACACCCCUUGACUUUUUCCACAUUU